AGAGCAGAGUGUCUGAGAAGCACGCCCAUCUCCUCUCCGCUCGUCGGCCUCGCUCUCGUGGCCUGUUCACCCAUCCAUCAUCCACCGGCCACCGAUCUGAACACCUUCCACCAUGGCCACCUCAGCAAGUUCCCACUUGAACAAAGGCAUCAAGCAAAUGUACAUGUCCCUGCCCCAGGGCGAGAAAGUCCAAGCCAUGUAUAUCUGGGUGGAUGGGACCGGAGAAGGACUACGGUGCAAGACCCGUACCCUGGACUGCGAGCCCAAGUGUGUGGAAGAGUUACCUGAGUGGAACUUUGAUGGCUCGAGCACCUUUCAGUCUGAAGGCUCCAACAGCGACAUGUAUCUCCAUCCUGUCGCCAUGUUUCGAGACCCCUUCCGCAAAGACCCCAACAAGCUGGUGCUCUGUGAAGUGUUCAAGUAUAACCGGAAGCCUGCAGAGACCAACCUGAGGCACACCUGUAGACGGAUAAUGGACAUGGUGGGCAACCAGCAUCCCUGGUUUGGAAUGGAACAGGAAUAUACUCUCAUGGGAACAGACGGCCACCCGUUUGGUUGGCCUUCCAAUGGCUUCCCUGGACCCCAAGGUCCAUAUUACUGCGGUGUGGGAGCAGACAAGGCCUAUGGCAGGGACAUCGUGGAGGCCCACUACCGGGCCUGCUUGUAUGCUGGGGUCAAGAUCACAGGGACAAAUGCUGAGGUUAUGCCUGCCCAGUGGGAAUUCCAAAUAGGACCCUGCGAAGGGAUCCGCAUGGGAGAUCACCUUUGGAUAGCCCGUUUCAUCUUGCAUCGUGUGUGCGAAGACUUUGGGGUGAUAGCGACCUUUGACCCCAAGCCCAUUCCAGGGAACUGGAAUGGCGCAGGCUGCCACACCAACUUUAGUACCAAGGCCAUGCGGGAGGAAAAUGGUCUGAAGUGCAUCGAGGAGGCCAUUGACAAACUGAGCAAGAGGCACCAGUACCACAUCCGUGCUUACGAUCCCAAGGGGGGCCUGGACAAUGCCCGGCGGCUGACUGGAUUCCACGAAACCUCCAACAUCAACGACUUUUCUGCUGGUGUUGCCAACCGCAGCGCCAGCAUCCGCAUUCCCCGGACUGUCGGCCAGGAGAAGAAGGGUUACUUUGAAGACCGUCGGCCUUCUGCCAAUUGUGACCCCUAUGCGGUGACAGAAGCCAUCGUCCGCACGUGUCUCCUCAACGAAACUGGCGACGAGCCCUUCCAAUACAAGAACUAAGCGGACUAGACCUCCAGUGAUCUCGAGCCCUUCCUAGUCCAUCCCACUCCCGACUCUUGCCUCUCCCAGUUGUCCCCACUGUAACUCAAAGGAUGGAAUACCAAGGUCUUUUUAUUCCUCGUGCCCAGUUAAUCUUGCUUUUUAUUGGUCAGAAUAGAGGGGUCGAGUUCUUAAUCUCUACACAGCCAACCCUUUCUUUCCUAUCUAGCUUUUCUAGUGGGGAGCGGGGAGGGGAAGGGUAACCCCCUGCCUCAUCUCAUCCAGAAUGCAUGUCCAGUAGGCAUAGCUGUCACAAAGCGGGUGUACUUGUGGUGAAGGAGGACUUUUUUUUCUUCAGGAUAGUUGAAAGGGCAGGCCCAACGGCUUAGAUUGGCAUUUCUCCUGUGGGUAGAGAGCUGUUAUUUCUAAAGGGGAAACCAGCUUUCCGUUCCAAAUGGAAGUCAGAUGAGUUGAAGGUUGGUCUCGAGCCAUGCUUCCUUAGCUUGAGGGAGAGGAGCUCAUCUCCGUGAACAUAGCUCAAUAUGUCACCUGAUGGAUGGCCUUACUGUAAAGGAAGAAAAAAGUUGGCAUUUCUUGGUCCUCCGUCUAUAACACAGAGUAGUAUUUUUAUAUUUAAAUGUUAAAAAAGUUAUAUAUAUGGAUGUGUGGAUAUGUGUCUUUCUAAUUGGGAGAACCAUCCUAUUCACUGGGUGCCAAGUUUGAGGGAGGAGCUUGGUUGGUUUAGAAGUGAGGCUCUCUUGAGGUAGGGGUGGGGAAGCAGUAGCGGGAAAGUUGGUUAUCUUGGGGGGCUCAGCUUCAUUUGCUUAGGGUUUCCCUGCCCAUUCUGCAGGAGCAGAUGUUGGACAGGUAGCCGGUGGAGUGCCACUACCUGCCACUGCCUAUCUCUGGGCUUAGGUUUAGGGGAUGCAUAUACUUAAUCCACACACGAGUUAGAAGUUAUGAGUUGGCUGGUCAACUUGAACAUUGUUACUGACGGGUGGGUGGGUGUUACUGGGGUUAUUUUUUGGUGGGACUAGCAUGUCACUAAAGCAGGCCUUUUGAUAUAUUAAAUUUUUUUAAAAGUAAAACAAGUUUAGAUUUUAAUCAGAUUGGUAGGGUUUCUCACUUUACAGACUUGCCUAUUUGUUUGUCUCCUUCCACUUGGCUCUUAGGGGGACUAAGGCCUGGAGUUAGAACACUUGUCUCCUAAUGUCCUUCCCCCAGCAGACUAUUCCUUUCCUUCUGAAAAAGCCAAUAGAGUCUUGUUUUGUUUUCCUCCUUUUAUAAUAAACACACCCCACCUCCAUCCCAGCCUGUUCCCUUGCAGUUUUCUGGUUGUUUGUGUCGGCAGCAGGCCAGCUGUGGUUUUUCUCUAGCCACGAUGACUUCUAAUUGCCAUGUAUAGUAUGUUCCGUUAGAUAACUCACUGUAAACAGACUGUAACUGCCAGAGCAGCGCUUAUAAAUCAACCUAACAUUUAUAAGA